AUGAACGAAAUCUUUUUUGAUGGUAGUGACGAAACACUUGGUGAUGACGAGACAUUUGGCGAUGACGAAGUGCUGGUUGAAACCCUGAAGGUGAACCGCAGCGUCUCCAGCAUCUACCUUGCACAAGCAGAGAUCACCGACACCGGUGUGAAGGCGAUUGCCGAAAUGCUGAUGCACAACAACAGGAUCACAAGGAUCAACCUUGAUUACAAUAAAAUCGGAGAUUCAGGAGUGGAGGCGUUGGCGGAGGUGCUGAAGCACAACCGCAGCAUCAUCCACAUCUACCUUAGAUGGAAUGACAUCGGUGAGGUCGGUGCCAAGGCGCUGGCCGAGGCGGUGCAGGAGAACGACGUCAUCCUCCACAUCGGCCUUGACCCCGCGGAGUCGGGCCAUCAGUGCGAGGACGCGAUGAGGCGCAUCGACCAGCGGUGCGAGGCAAACCAAGAGGCAAAGGCAACUGCUACUGUUGAGAAACUCGUGCAAGAGCUGAAGACCGACGGGGCCAAGAAGGAGAUUGAUCUUCGGAGCCAGUACAUCGGGGAUGCCCAAGUCCAGGCGCUCUCACAAGUGCUCGAGAUCAAUGAGAGCAUCACUCACAUCGAUCUUAGCAAUAAUCCAAUCAAAGAUGCUGGGGCACAGGCGUUGGCGGAGGUGCUGAAGCACAACCGUAGCAUUACAAACAUCGACCUUCGAUACAAUCAAAUCGGCGAGGUCGGUGCCGAGGCCCUGGCCGAGGCGGUGCAGGAGAACGACGCCAUCCUCGAGAUCGCCCUUCGUGGAAAUCCAUUGACGGACGGUUCCGGACCCGAGGCGCUGGAGCGAAUCCAGGAGCGUUGCGAGGCAAAUCAAGCUGCCGCAGAGGCCAGAGCUCAAAGUGCCGGAUGA